AUUCUUCCACAACCUCCAUCUUCUAACUCAUUGCGUUGAAGAUGCCCCUUGCAUCUUCCGGGGCUCGCGCCCUGAAGCCCGCAGGAGGCGGCCUUCUGCACGGCGGUGUGCACAAUCACUCGUCUCGAUCAAUCCACAUUCCAUCUUUCGUCCCGCGUGCCAAUGCCGGACAAACCACAUCGACGGCCCAGACGCUGUUCAAGCAGACUCGCCACCUCUUCUCGCGCUUUGUCGCUAAUCUCGCUGCUCCCAGUGUUCUCCGCGCGCCCCGAAAUGUUCCCAGCACUGCUCGCUCCAUCUUCCAAGGUCCUGUGCAAGGUCGUACGAUCCAGCAAGGGUUGUCAUACCCUGCUAGGAUUGCCCUUGGACGACCUCUCCAAGCACCGUGCCUCCCGCGCCCUGUAGCAGUUCCUCGAGGCGUUGGCCAGGUCGGGCUUGGCCUUGCCCGCAAUUUCUCUACUGCUCGUCCGAUCUUCCAGAAUCUCGUCGAGAAUGUUCCUAUUGCUGGGAGGGCCUUCCUAGAGGCCGAUUGGGAUGUCAAGAUGGCUAAGGAGAAGGAGAACAUGCGCCUGCAGAAGGCGCGAAUGACCACGGCCAGCAAGAAGGGAAAAGGUCAGAUGCAGAAGCCGGUAGAGAAGAAGUUCGUCGUGCCAACGUUGGAAGAACAUAACGCGGAGCUGGACCACUACUUCCCUGCUGCUGCGAUCCCCGAGGUGACCACCUACCUCCUCAUCCCUCUUUCGCCGGAACAAGGAUCGCGCCUUCCUCUUGCUGUCGCUCCUCCCAUCUCGGCUUCUACGCAUCCGCUUCUUCCCUUCGAGAUCGUCGCAAGCGUGCUUACGGCUCAUAACACGCAGUCGUUGAGGGUCAAUUCACUAUUCACUCGACUCGAUGCCUCGCGAGUCUUCGAACACCCAGGUGUGCACUGCGAAGCGUACGGAGGUCCAGGUGGACUGUGCACUCUACUCGAGAUACGCUUCCAAGGAUGGGAUGAAGCUAGAGUCAGAAGUGUGAUUGGCGAGGCCGGACAGGGAUGGUGCGUUCUGGAGGAGGUAUGGAAGGAUCAAGAACAGGCUGAACGGGAACGCAUGGACGAGAUUGUGGAAACCAUGGGCUCUGAAGGAAACGCUAGCUGGUCGAGCAGCUCGGACAACCUGCGUUGCCCGCAAGCCGUACAUGUCGACCCUUCAGCCUCAUUGGUGUUACCCACGCUCGACUUUUCCGCUUCGUUCCCUAUGUCAUCACCGACUCCGUCGAUGAACAUCGGGAUGCCGACCGCGUUGUCUGACCUCGAGUUCCACAACGCUUGGUCAGCGCUGGAGAGCGACUCGGAUCACAGCAUGGCCGAUGACAUGUCAAUUGUGUCCAACGACGACAUCCGUUCUUCUGCUGCGAUUUCUGAGUCAAGUUGGGCGGAGACGGAUUUCGUGUCUGGAUCGCGGCGAGGGUCAGAGGGAUCAUUCGGUUUCGGUUUCAGUUCGGAAUUCGCUAGCAGAAUGGAGGAUUCAGUCGGUCCAAGAGCUGAAAUGUUUUGAGGUUUGAGGGUCGAUUCUGUGUACGAUGUUCAUUGGCGUAUU